AUGUCCACCGCUGCUGUCCUUGACACAGCUUGUAUCUUCUGCAAAAUUAUCAAAGGUGAAAUCCCCUCCUUCAAGCUUAUUGAGACCAAACACUCAUUCUCGUUUCUAGACAUCCAACCAACAGCAGAUGCCCAUGUCCUGGUGAUUCCCAAACAUCACUCUGCUAAGAUGCAUCAAUUGCCCGACGAAUAUUUGGCGGAUAUUUUGCCUGUUGCCAAAAAACUGGCGAUUGCGCUUGAUCUGACCAACGAGUCUCCCGAAGGCGUGGGUUACAACAUUUUACAGAACAACGGGAGAAUUGCACACCAAGUUGUGGAUCAUGUACACUUCCAUUUGAUACCCAAGAGAGAUGACAAGACCGGACUCAUCGUAGGAUGGCCAAGUGUGGACAGCGACUUCGACAAGCUUGGCAAACUACAUAAGGAGCUACUGGCCAAGCUGGAGGGUGCAAAAUAA